GCAGCGAAGGGGAGCAUCGCGUGUCUGUUUCCUAAAUCUGUGGAAGUUCCAAGGCUGAUACCCAUGGGAGCUUCUCAGGAUGACAGACCGGUCUUGGUGCAGUCACUCCUUCCGGGUUCUGAAGUUCAAGAGGCAGAUCCCUUUAACUCAGUAACUAUCCAUUUCCUUUGGAUGGAACUCUUCGGCAGUGUAUCUGGCGUAGAGCAGAAAAAAUAUUAUGCCUGUGUUCCCUUGGGACUCAUUGGACAUUGUACAGUGACAUCUUCUGGGAUUUAGUCUGGAGUGUGCCGCCUGGUGCCUAAAAUGGAAGUCGAUGUUAACGGAGAGUCCAGAAGUACCCUGGCCACGCUGCCCUUGCCUGUGGCCGAGGCGAGCUCCCCGGGCAAGGCAGAAGCAGAGAAGCCCCGCUGCUCCAGCACGCCGUGCUCGCCCAUGCGCCGGACUGUGUCGGGCUACCAGAUUCUCCACAUGGACUCUAACUAUUUGGUUGGCUUCACAACUGGUGAGGAACUCCUGAAGUUAGCCCAGAAGUGCACGGGAGGUGAAGAGAGUAAGGGAGAAGCUGUGCCUUCCUUGCGCUCCAAGCAGCUGGACGCAGGACUUGCGCGUUCCUCCCGUUUGUAUAAAACCAGAAGUCGGUACUACCAGCCGUACGAGAUCCCGGCUGUCAAUGGCAGGAGGCGAAGGCGGAUGCCCAGCUCAGGAGACAAGUGCACUAAAUCUUUACCCUACGAACCUUACAAGGCCCUCCAUGGGCCUCUGCCUCUUUGUCUUCUUAAAGGUAAGAGGGCUCACUCCAAAUCUCUGGACUACCUCAAUCUAGAUAAAAUGAACAUCAAGGAGCCAGCUGACACAGAAGUGCUCCAGUACCAGCUUCAGCACCUCACCCUCAGAGGGGACCGUGUGUUUGCCAGGAAUAAUACAUGAGUGACGUGCAGAGAGUGUAAACCAGUUUAGGUCAGCCUCCGCUUGGCUGGAAAAACCCACUGUCGUUCUCUGUACAGGACUCUUCACGUUAUAGAUGGUUAUAUCAGCUAAGUGUUCCUGGAACAUAAAAAUUGUUUGGAUCAAAUUUGAAUACAGGAAUGAAAUCACAGGUACUUGGGGGGAAAUCAUUCUAGAGCACGCAACUGCAAAGAAAACAAUGUUGGCCAUUAGUUUGUAUAGCUUUUUAGCUAGGAAGAAAAGGCUUUGGUACAGUAAUGCCAUCUUUAUGAUUCUGACACUCAAAUUGGGAAUGUUAUCUGCUUGGUUGUUGCUGACUUGGUAUGAUUCAUUAGAAAUUUAUAUCUUUAAGUACUCAAGUACUUCUUUAAUCUCUGUAUUUUACUAUAAAAUGUAUGUAACAUGAUUUGUUUUAUGAAAUUUGGAACUUGAACAAUGCUGAAUUGGACCACUUUUUAUUUUUAAAUAUUGAGUUUAAAUAUUUUAUAACUGGUUUUGCACUGAAAAAAUUAACAUUUCAGAUUGACAAGAGAAUAAUCUUUCUUCACUUGCCUCAAUAAUACUAUUGAGCAAUGGAUUUUUUUAUUUCCGCAUGGAAAGUUAUUGAUCUCUAUGGCUGUAAAAUAUUUCUUUAUAGCAUUAUUAAAGUGUGUCUUAAUACAAUUAAAUUUGGGAUACAAAGUAUUUAUUUUACAAUGGGUGGGGGGAAGCUUUUCCAGAAAGUUUCCAAUAUGACGUUUUCAUGAGUUAAAAAAAGUUUCCUUAGUGCUUACUUUCUAAGUUAAAAAUUCAUCUGGAACUUUAAAAUGGAAAGGAUUCUUUUAAUUGUGGAUGAUAGGCAUAAUACUGUUUGCAUCUGAAUGUUCUGUAAGUGAAUGAAACUUUAAUAGAAGGACUCAUGAUUUCUACUAUUGAAUGCUUAAACUAAGUAUGAAGUGAUACCAUUCAGCAUGGCCUCAGGUCAUUCCAGUUUUAGUUCUGUGCAACUCAAGCGCUCGUUGAAAUUCCAGUUUCUAGGAUUAGUGUAGGAGCCUAAAGUGCUUCUACGGUUUUAAUGGGUUAAUCCUGGAUUACUUAACAAUUUAUGUCAAUUGCACUGGUUUAAUUUGUUGCUAAAGGAGUAACGCCCUGGCUUUAGUAACAAAUACAGCUCAACUAUUCUUGAAUAUAUUUUGAGAAAAAUGUAUGUACCUUAACCUUUUGUAAAAGUUUCUGUUUCAUUUUUUUCUUUUUUGACUCUUGAAGGUGCAAUUUAUUACUGAAUUGGCAUCUCUGGCAGCAUAGAACUGCUGAUUUUAAAUUUUAGUUUGGGGGCUGUGAGUUUCUUAGGUGUUUGCAGUCUUGCUUAUAAAAUAAGAACACCUUUUAUUAAUGAGUGGGUCAUUCCUGGUGCAGGUAGGACUUUCCUUUAGCCAGAAUGAAUGGCAAAGUCUGUUUAGAGCAGAAUAAGUAUUAAGAAAACCCUAGGAACUCUUAAUCAACAUUUAUUAUACUUUCACUGAGGCAAACCAUGUGAAAGCACCUUGGGGAAGUUGACCCAUAUCUUACUGCAUUGAUCAGAUUUCUUGGGUGGGCUGGAAAUUUUCAGUUGUUGUAUAUUUUAAAGUAAAUUGCACCUUUGUAACAUAUUGUAUUGACGAAUGAUCACUAAGAUUAACUCUAUCUAUACAGUCAUUAGUUUGACAAGAAAUAGAAUCCUGUCAGAUGCCAAAGAGUUGGGAUUUUUACGUUUAAUGAUUAAACACCGUUAUUUAUUGAUGAUUUACCCUGUGGAACUGUAUUAUUUCUAACUAUGAAAUAAAAGGGUGAUGUAAACACA